AUGCCAUACUACAUCGUCUCCGCCAUCAGGGGAGGCGGCGGUGGUGGUGUCUCCAUGGACAGGAGAGAGAGCUCCACCUCUCACAGCCACACGACCCACACCCCAACCGUAAGACAGAGUGCCUACGACUUGAACAUGGGUACCCCAGUUAUGUUCUCUCCAGCAUGCUUGCAACACCCAGAAUUGGCCUUCCUUGGAGAGAGAGAAGAGGGGGAAAUGAUGAUUCAGGAAUCGAUGGACAUGAACAUUAGAUUCUCCGGGAUGAACGAUAGGGUGUGGCAGGUGGAACAGCAGGAGAAAGAGGAAUCGUCAAGUUCGAGGGAUUCGAUGAGGUUUGUGACAUUGGGAGGAAAGCCAGGGUACCCAGGGGAAUCGACGGUGAGGAACUGGUUCAAGAUUGAGAGGAUGAGCGAGAGUACCCCAAUUUAUAGGAUUGUUUACUGCCCCAACGUGUGCGAGUCUUGCCAAGUGAUUUGCGGAAGUGUUGGGAUCACCAAGAGGAACGGCAACCGAUGGCUGUCAGUGUCGGAGCACAGUGAGUUCCCCUUCGUCUUCGUCAGAGCCCAGACACAACAGUAA